AUGUUUUGGAAGGCUCAUGGUGUAAUUGUGCUGGGCCUUGCACUUUAUGCCCAGGGCCACGCCACCUCGGAGAUAAACCUGAAGCAGGAGUUUGUACAUCACGGACAUCACGGUGAGCUUGCUCAUUUCGGAUCUCACUCACCAGAGCAUCAUGAGGAAUACGCUUGGGCGUAUCCGUCAUAUGAAUUCUCUUACAAGGUAAAUGACCCCCACACCCAUGACCACAAAGGGCAUCAUGAGCAUAGACAUGGGGAUGAAGUGAGGGGCGAGUACUGGCUCCUGCAGCCAGAUGGUAAGACACGUACUGUCAAGUACCACUCCGACAAGAAUAAAGGAUUUCACGCUGACGUCCACUACUCAGAUCAUCACGAACAUCGGGAGGAGCCUCGUAUUGAGAAGCCACGUGUAGAGGAGCCGCGUAUAGAAAUUAUUAAACCAGUGAUAGAAAUCUUGGACGAAGAACCUGAAAGGAAAAUAGAGGAAAUUGAUCCGGCUGCUGCUGUAGUGGAAAAAGCGCCAGAAGCUGUUGUGGAAGAUCGUGAAGAAGAACGCCCCGAGCCUACGCACCAUCAACCACAAAAGCCAAUACAUAUAGAGUACUACGUUGAUAAAAAAAUGCGAAAACAUCACGAAGAAUAUGAGAAACAUAAUGAGGCAGUCCCUGCUGAACCGGAGGAACUCCAUGAAGAAGAGCAUCCCAUAGAUGAAACUACCGGUGAUUCUGGCCAAGAAGCUCCCACCCAAGAGGAUGAAGAACCCCAUAAACCGGUUCACAUCGAAAACUACUCAAAGAUUCAUCAUCCUAUUCACAAUGAACAUCAUGGCCACGAAAAACCAAUUCAUCAUGAAGAACGUGAGGGAGAACAAAAUCGUCGUGCAGAUCAUCACAGUCAUGUCGAACAACGAGGUCGCGGAGAACUACGCGACCGAGAAGAACAACGUGAUGGAGAAGAACAACGCAGUCGAGAAAAACAAUACGGUCACAAAGAAUAUUAUGGUCACAAAGUACACCGAGGUCAUAACGAAGUUAAUAACUGGAACGAACGCAACAGUCAUGAAGAACUUGAACAUAAGGAUCUUUUGCCCAUGUUGAUGCGUCCAUUUAGGGUACCACAUCACGAUUUUAGCGAGAAUCAUAAAUAUUCAGAAAAGAACAGACCUGUACGAAUUGAGGAGAGGUCCGACAAAAGAUAUGAACCUCACGUUCAGCUCCAACGUAUGCACAAACCUAUCAUCGUCUCUGAAUAUGCCCGUCAUCCUCGGUACCACCGUGACCACAGUAAGAAAGUUAAACGCAAUAGGAUCACAAAGAAUGCGAGUUAGUUAAUUUCCGUAAGAUGUGCUGCCUUGAAGAAUGAACGCUAGUUUAAUAAAUAAAAGAAAUAUAACGAAUUAGGUAUUCAACGUUCAAAUGAAGCAUACUUAUCGCACAAUAGGGAAUAAUUAUUGUAAUGCGACAAUAAUCGUAUAUGCAAAUAAAGAAAAGCUUCCUACAAGUGGUCUUUACAAUAAUAAUCACCUAGCUAUUAAAGUAUACAUAAUCUUUAACCCUUAAAUGCAUAGUUUAGGAUGCAGCCAACAUAAAAUAACAUCACAUUCUAUAAAAUUAGACAAAAGCGAUGUUUUCUUAUAAUGUUAUACCUACACGGUGCUACAUGAGGAAACCGAAAGAUUUUGACAGUGUAUUACUGAUCACAUUUAGAGACUAAAA